ACCCUCUGACUCCCCCGCUUGACCUCUGACCUCGGGAGGUAUUUCCCGCUGAGUUGUUUGGCAUGUCUGAUGUAAAGAUACAGCGUCUACACAAAGAGAACUCCCUCAGAGAACCAACAUGAAGACGUUUUAUCUGUACGCUGUCCUGACCCUGGCACUCGUCCUUGGGGCCCAGUCCUCCGCUCAGUGGAGGGUGACGGACUUCCCUCACCCCGUGUAUCAGUCCAAACAGUGCGGUAUGAAGGAGUCCUCCUGGAUAUGUGACCCCAACGGCAUUAUCUCCUCAGCCGACGCUGAAGCUUUACAAGAAAUGGUUCGGGAUACAUACGAGUCCACUCAGUGUCCGUGUUCUGAGUGCGCAACCAAUAACCAGGGGUAUCCCAUAAUGGUGGCCAUAAUGCCCCGGAUGUACAGAAUUGUAAACCGGUCCUCUAACGUCCAGGACGUGCUGUAUGAUGCUCGUGUGUACGCCUACUACCUCAGUAUGUUCUGGAAUGUCACCACAUGUGACACAAAUACACUGGUCCUGUACUCCAGAGAUGACGACAUCACGUACAUUAUGACAUGGAGAAAUGCACGUGCACUUCUGGAUGACACCAAAGUGCAACAAAUUACCCUCAAGAACCGGUUUUAUUUUGAUGAUGCUACCAAUCAGGCGGAAAUUGGAAAAGGACUUAAGAAUGUUGUAUUGGAUAUAAGUGAGGUGUUCAAGGCAAAGGCUCCACGUCGAGGUAGCACCAGAAAGUGAUGGAGAAAUUGAAUGUUCUGACAAUUUAAUUCAUUUUUUUAAAACGUGCAACUUUUUUCAUGGGAACUGUUGAAUUAAUACCGGUCUUUAACUAACUGCAAACUUUUCUUACAAAUGAUUUUUCAACAUUCAAUCAUAAAAAAAAAACUUGUGUGAAAGUUUGGGUAACUAUCAAAAGAUUGUUUUAUGUAACAGUUUUUGUAUUACAUU